AUGCCGCACCCUUGUCUACCCCUUCUACAGGAGCCGACUUACGUGAGUGGUGAGAGUGUGGACGAGCCGGAGGAGGAGACCAUCAGCCUGAGUGAGGAGGACGCCAAGGUGUGCUACGAGGAAUACCUCACACCUAGAGAACGAGGCGCGAGACUCACCUGUACCCCACCUGCCAUCUUCAUCUCCACGCCCGCGGAGACCGAGAUAGUCAUGGCCAUGGAUUCCUCGAGAUACCGCACCGGGAGGAGGGCGUCUGAGGUGUACAACGUCGCUUUUGACGAUGAAAUGCCCGAGGACACAAGCUUCGAGGGCUACAUGGUGCGAUACAGAGAACAGAUGAGUGCGGAGGAGAUUGAGGACAGCGGCUGGACUACUGUAGAGGAAGUCGCUCUGAAGAUAGAACGUGACAUUGCUGACGAGAUUUAUCUGGAGGAGGUGAAGAAGUCGUGUGUGAAACAGAAAAUGAGUCCUCGUAAGGCGGCGGUCCCCGCUUCCCCAAAGCGCACACCGAAAAAAUCAUUAGCAAAAGCUGCAAUAGAGUCACCGUUUAAAAAAUCCCCAAAGAAUUCCCCGAAGAAUUCACCCAGAAACUCUCCGCUGGUGACGAAGAAACUCCUGCCGGAGAUCGUGGAGUCGUCAGUGCAGCAGUACCGCCCCGUGUACCAGACGGAACUGGGUAACACCAACCUGGUGCCUAAACCUUACAGCCCGAAUUACUCAGUAAACACGACGACUAUUCGGUCCGUCAAGGUUCCUGUUGCUUGCCCACGAACUUUUUUCCAUGGGCCAGAGAUCACCAGCAGGGAGGAGGAAACUUCUAUGGCGAAGGAAUCAAAGGACACGAGAGGUAAAGUAAAGAAGACACAGAAGAACGUCCGGGAACCGCAGGAAGACGGAGUCAGAGAUGAGAUAAAAAGUCCAUCGAGUUCUUCAAUGAGGAACUUAGGAGACUCAGUGAACCCUGAAGAAAUAGAUGUUUCUAAAAGUGGAGACCAAGAGAAUAAACCCAAGUUGUCAAGUGAGAAGGAGAGGCCGGCCUCAACACCCAACUCACCAACUGGUUCCAACACCAACCAGGAAAACACCAAGUUAACAAGUCCUGAUGACAUGAUAGUGACGCGUGUGACGACAUUCACGACUUCAGAUGUUACCAACUCCUCCCAAGAGCCACAAGUCCAGCCGAAGCAACUCUCUUUUGACCUGGACCCUGAUGAGAGGGUGGCGCUAAGUUCACUCGAAGCUGCGGUGAUGGACGAUACAAAACCAUCACCGUUGCGGUACAGUUGUUCGAAUCGACCAUUUAAUUCCUUCGAUGAACUGGAGGCGAUGACGGACGAACCACCUGACCAACUGGACGACGCCAAAACAAACAACACAAAAGGAAGCAAAUCGUCAAGUGUUAGUGAGAUCAUUAAGGACCAAGACGAGGUGGACUGUGCUGAUGCUCUGACUGCCCUGGACGACACACUGGAAGACGGGCUGAACGACGACUUCCUGCCAGCGUACAUGGAGAGUGAUGGAGGGCACAUGGCAGACUCAGCCGUCAGCGUCAACACCCUCAGUCGAGAUUCACUUGGCGGGUUCCUCAACGAUGACAUACACAGCCUAAGAAGCUUUGUUGCACAGAAGAAUUUAGACGAAGAGAGUCCACCGCGGGAGCUUAAGAAGAAAGAAGAAAGUGUUGAGUUUAUGUUUGAAGAAGUUGAUGAUCAUCCCAUUAAAGUCGCGCCAGAAAAAGUCGUCGAGGAGAAGAAGAGGAGCAAGAUGUCUCCCAACUUCGGUAAGUUUACACAGAAAGUAUCAGACAAAAACAACGAAAACGAAGAGAAGACGAAGGCCAGUCUUUUCAACCCACGGAACAUCUUGUCGUUUGGAACAAAAGAUAAGAACAAAACUAAACCAAAGACUGCCGAGACUGACACCCCGAAGAACGAGGGCUGGUCAUCAGAGGCCAUCGAGGAUUACCUCCUGAAGAACACUCAGGAGGAGUCAGUGAGGCUGGGGCUCCUGAACGAGGAAGACGUCAUGAUACACAGAGCCAAGAGUGAUGGAAAUCUCAAAGUCCCCGACAGAAGGAAGAUCCCGGAGGUGAGGGUGAGUGACGAGCUGAUUCCCACGACCCCAGGAUCAGCCAGCAGGAAGAGACAGGCGCCCAACCCCCCGGGACGAAAAUCACCAUCGUGGAGGCCUCAGGACAUCGAGAACUACCUGCUGGAGCAUAAUAUGAACGAGAACCUCCGCUUGGGGCUUCUCUCCCAGGAAGACAUCGAGAUUUACGAGUGGAAGAGGGCGACAGUGACCUGUAACCUGACCUCCUGGUACCUGGUGGACGGCUUCCUGGUAGAGCUCGGGCAGGUGACUCCUCAACGCUGAUCACCUGUUGAUGUAGGUAAUCAUAGUAUGUCCCCCAUCUGCGACACCAGCUGGACGCGAGAGACCCUUAGGAAGAACAAGGUGAUCAGAAGCUCCACCUCUUCCUCCCUCUCCG